AUGGAUAUUGAUCACAGAACCAAAGGCCCGCGAGCCUGUACGACUUGCGCCAAGGCCAAGGCGAGGUGUAUUUCGGGGCCGGAUGGGAGUAACAAGUGCGAACGGCUUCGCAAGCCGUGCGGUUCGCAGACCCCUGCGCCGCCCAGGGCGAAGAAGGAACCCAAGCCCACCAAAGUCUCUGAGCUGGAGAAGAGGCUGGAUGAGUUGACGACGCAGUUGAGCGCGACGACGCAGCAGGGCGGUGUUAGUAGUGGUAGUGUUGGUGGCAGGCACAGCGGUAGCACCACAGAGAUCGCGACGACCGUCGCCAACGGGACCGUCGUAGGGAGCGCAAACUCCCCGCUCCCGCCUAGCGGCAGCAUCGCGCCGGCGUCAGCUAAGAUUCCGAUUAACUGCGACCACCUCUUCCCGCCGGAGGAGGUCAUCGUCGUUGGGGGCGAGGGGGGGUGGUCGGACACAUCGCCGGCGCCGAGUGCGUCUACGGCGGAUGAUCACCAUACCAUUGGGAGCAGCCAGGCCGACAACGGCGCCUCGGGAAUGGGGUCUGCGACGACGGCGAACGAAUCGCCCUGGCCGCUGAACAACGAGCAGAGCAAAGUUCUCAAGGUAUUCCUGGACGACAUGCAGCCGCUGUACCCCUUUGUCAUUGUACCCCCACACAUGGGCCCGACGCAGCUGGCCGCCGAGAGGCCGUUCCUGUGGAAGGGCAUCAUGAUGACGGCGUGCCACCUGGACGCGACGAAGCAGGUUCUAUUGGGGGAGGAGCUGUUGCAGGAUAUCGUGCAGGCCGCGUUCAUGAAGCCCAAGAAGAGCCUGGAUGUACUGCAGGGGUUGCAGCUCCUGAUUGCGUGGUAUCACUACAACAUCAACAGCUACCAGCUCACGAACCUGCUGUUCCUGGCGCGGUCGAUGUGCGUUAGUUUGGGGUUCAAGGAUAGUCCCAUGCAGCUGGGCGAGCGCGGAGGGAAGGGGACGGGGCUCUGUAUUAGUUUUCAGAAGCCGGAGAGCGAGGCGAGAAAGGUGCAGACGCCGGAGCAGAUUUCGGCACAGUUGGAGCUGAUGAGGGCUUUUGCUGGGUGUUAUUACCUGAAUACGCUGUAA